GCAAAGCGAAUCAACGGCUGCAUAAACCGAGUUACUGCGCUGUGAAAAGCGUGUGCAACCGAAGGACAGCACAAAAAUUGGGCCAAAGAUGCAAACGGCCAGCAGGUAAAAUUAACACUCACUGCCAACGACUCACCCAGACUGAGAUUCGCGAGCGCGGUUACCAUGGAGUUGCGCGAGCUGCGCGCUGCUGCUGCUGCUGGCAACAACAGCGCUGGCGAGCUGGGCGGCAUUUGCAUUGGCAGCUCCUCGGAGGACGGUGUCCAGCGCAUACCGACCCGGGCGGAUUUGUUUAUGGAACAGCUGAAUGCGACAAAUGCCAAAAAGGUGGCACUGCUGCUUGUGCUCGGCUUUGUGCUCUACCACGGCCUGCUCAAUUGGAACUACGGCAGCGACUCCUGCCAAUGGCUGCUCUCGAAGGGCCGCUUCAAGGGCGACAACGAAUGGCAGCCCUACGGCUGCAUGAUGCACAAGUACUCCUACACCGACACGCGACGCUGCCUGCGCUAUUUGGCCUUCUUUGGCAACAAGAACAACUUCGUCUUCAUCGGGGACAGAAGCGUGCGGCUUCUCUAUGACCGUUUCGUGGAGCAGCUGCAGCUGCCGCAGGCAUCGGCCAGCGAGACGGGCGACGACGUGGACGUGGAUGAUGAGUACGAUAACAAUGCCUCGGCGCGGGCAAAUGUUGCCCGUUUCGAGGACAAAAAACUGGACAUACUUGUGCAGUAUAUUGGCGCCAUGGAGGUCAGUCCGGCGCUGAUCGAUCGCCUCUACCAGCUGGAGCAGGAGAAGCAACUGUCCUCCGUCUAUGUGAUGGGCCUCACCUAUGGCUCGCUGCUCGCCGGCAACGUAACCGACGAGUUGUUGCGUCAAUAUAGCGUCAAUUUGACGCUUCUUGUGGCGCCCAUCCAUCGCCUUGUGGCGCAAACAUCUCGCGUUCUUUGGAAGCUGGCGGAGCGUGUCGACGAGGAGAAGCUGCCGCCCGCCUGGAAGCUGGUGCUCAACGAGGACAUCGAUCGCCUGAACAAUGUGGCGCGCAAUGUGUUCCGCUAUACGGACGCCAGCGUCUGGGAGUCGGCCGGUCACAUUGCCAAUGGGCUGCUGGACAAUGCCAUCGAGGGGCAUCGGCUGAGCGCGCACGGCCAACGACUCGAGGUGCAGCUGCUAUGGAACAUGUACUGCAACGAUCAGAUGAACUAUAACGAUGGCACCUGCUGCAGCAGCGCCGAGCCGCACACUAGCCUUCAGAUUGUCGCAUAUGCUCUCUUUGGUGUUUGCAUUGCGCUCGUUGGCGGCAUCUGUCUGCGCCGCUGGCUGCUCCACAUGCGCGGCCAGACGCUCUACGUGCCGCUCCAGCAGCAGCAGCAGCAGUCGUCGCAGUCAUCCUCCGCCUCGUCGCACUCGCAUCAUCCGGCCAAUGCGCUGGCCGUGCUCAUCACGGACUAUGGCACACCGCUGGUCGCGCUGUCCCUGCUGGGCCUCAUCAUGGCGUAUUUCUAUCUGUGCGAUCGCACCAAUUUCUUCAUGAAGGAGAACAAAUACUACUCGGAGUUUAGCUUCUGGAUACCCGUGGCGUAUGUGUUUGCUUUGGGCCUGUUCUUUACGGAGGAGUCACGCUUCACCAAGGUGCUCAAUCGGCAGCAGACGGACGAGCUGCGCGGCUGGAUUCUGCUCGUGGUGCUCAUCUAUUAUAUGACCGGCGCCCAGCGUAUUCUGCCCAUUCAUAUGCACAUCAAACUGCUCAUUUCGGGCUAUUUUUUUCUAACCGGCUACACGCACUUCACCCACAUCUGGCAGACGGGCGGCUCCGGUUCGAUGUUUGUACGCUUCUUUCAAUCCAUGUUCCGGCUCAAUUUCUUGAGCAUACUCCUGUGCUUCUGCAUGAACCGGCCGUAUCAAUUUUAUUACUUUGUGCCCCUGCUCUCGUUCUGGCUGUGCGUCAUCUAUUUUGUACUGUCGCUGCCGCCGCGCAUCACCAGCGCCUCAGUGGACGCCAAUCCUCUACACUAUCUCUAUCUGGUAUGCAAAUGCAUUGGCUGUCUGGGCGUCAUAACGGUGCUCUUCAUGUCCGAGGUCUUCUUCGAACGGAUCUUUGUGACGCGUCCAUGGAAAGCGCUGUUCGUGACCACCGAUGAUGACAUUCACGAAUGGUGGUAUCAAUGGAAACUCGACCGGUAUACGGUCACCUUUGGCAUGAUCUAUGCGGCCUGCUUCCAUAUUGCCCAGAAGUACAAUGUCUUCGAUGACAACAAUCAUGGCAAUCUGUUCUCGCGCCGGACAUCGAUUUCGGUCACAUUGCUGGCCCUGCUCGGCGUGGGCAUCUAUACGGCGUUCUCGUUGCUCUGCCGCAAUGUCCAGAACUGUGAGGAGAUCCACUCCUAUAUCCUGUUCAUACCGAUUAUCGGAUAUGUGGUGUUGCGCAACAUUUCCGGCAUUCUGCGCACCAGAUACUCCAGUUUCUUUGCCUGGUUCGGACGCAUCUCUCUCGAGCUGUUCGUCUGCCAGUAUCACAUUUGGCUCGCCGCCGAUCGACAUGGCGUCCUGGUGCUGUUGCCCGGCUUUCCGACGCUCAACAUGAUCAUCACAUCGUUUAUAUUUGUGUGCGCCUCGCAUGAGGUGCAUCGGCUCACCCGAAUCCUGUUGCCCUAUGCCGUGCCCAACGAUUGGCGCCUGGUCAUGCGCAAUCUGGUCAUCUUUCUCAUUGUCCUCAUACCAGUUGCCCGAUCCGAUGGCAUGUUCUAAUUGUUGGUCAGGUGUUGGCAAUCAAAUUGCCCGCCACAACCUACGCGCAACACGUUCGCAUACCCUGCUUUUAAAAUGGAAAAUGAGCAUAUUGGUGUGUCUGUCUCAUAAUCACAGUUUGAAAGUCACUUUACAAACUUUUUUAAUCUUCAUUUUUUUUUUUCUGUGAGCAGGGUAUUGCGUAGUCGACUACAAAGUUUGCGCUGUUUUUUUUUUUUUGUUGUUUUCCAAAGGUAUUUCAA